UUAGGUCACCCACUGCUUCUAGAUAGAAUCACGCUUUUGACUGCAUUGCUAAGUAUUGCUAACCAACCACACCACAGGAUUUUUUUUUUUUUUACAAGACACCACAGGAUAAGAAGAGGGAAAAAGGAACGCACAGAAGAGGAAGAGGAGAGGAGAGCUUUCGAGCAACAAUGGCGUCCGUAACGUCUCCCUUCACCACAACCAACGCCUCUUUCCUUCUCCGAGCGAACUCCCAAAUUCACCAGCCUACUCACCGUUCCUUUCCACUGCCUCCGAGAGCUUGCCUGAACGAAUCCCAAGACCAGCACCGUAUCCAGCUCAACCGGCGGCAGUUCAUUUCACAAACCGCCGCCAUUGUCGCUGCCACAGCUCCUCUCACGCUCAUCGAUCAGAGGCCAGCAGUAGCUGACGAGGCGCUUUCUCAAUGGGAAAGAGUUUAUCUCCCUAUCGACCCCGGCGUCGUCCUCCUCGACAUUGCAUUUGUCCCCGAUGACCCAACACACGGGUUCGUAUUGGGGACAAGGCAGACUCUUCUGGAGACGAAAGACGGGGGAGCCACUUGGUUUCCGCGAUCCAUAGCUUCAGCCGAGGAAGAAGACUUCAAUUACAGGUUUAAUUCCAUUAGCUUCAAAGGAAAUGAAGGAUGGAUUGUUGGCAAGCCGGCGAUUUUGUUGUACACACCUGAUGCCGGCGAAACCUGGAAAAGGAUACCGCUGAGUGCUCAGCUCCCCGGAGACAUGGUAUACAUUAAGGCAACUGGGGAUCAAAGUGCAGAGAUGGUUACUGACGAAGGGGCUAUCUAUGUUACGUCGAAUAGGGGCUAUAACUGGAAAGCUGCAGUUCAGGAGACUGUUUCAGCUACACUGAAUAGAACAGUUUCUAGUGGUAUUAGUGGUGCAAGUUAUUACACAGGAAGCUUCAAUACUGUUAACCGGUCACCGGAUGGGAGAUAUGUUGCUGUCUCCAGUCGGGGCAACUUCUAUAUGACAUGGGAGCCUGGUCAGGCAUUCUGGCAGCCACAUAAUAGAGCAGUGGCAAGAAGGAUUCAGAACAUGGGUUGGAGAGCUGAUGGGGGUCUUUGGCUUCUCGUUCGUGGAGGAGGACUUUAUCUCAGCAAGGGGACUGGGAUAACAGAGGAUUUUGAGGAAAUCCCCGUCCAAAGUCGUGGUUUUGGCAUUCUUGAUGUUGGCUACCGCUCUCAGGAAGAGGCUUGGGCAGCAGGAGGCAGUGGGGUUUUGUUGAGAACCACCAAUGGAGGCAAGUCAUGGAUUCGAGACAAAGCAGCUGACAAUAUUGCUGCAAAUCUUUACUCCGUGAAGUUUAUGGAGGGAAAUCAAGGGUUCGUUCUAGGAAAUGAUGGAGUCUUGCUACGGUAUCUUGGUUAAUGUGCUCCAUGUAUUGAGGUAAUUCAUAACAUCCUUUUACUUUCUGCUCCAUAAGAGGAGUUUAUUAUUGUCCAGCAAUAAAUGAGCUACAUUGCAGUUUUGGGUGCUCUCAGGCGCUACAAUACCUCUGUAGAGAUGGGAAAGCUGCGUAUAUGAUAGAGGGAGGAUUUUGUGUAUAUCUAUCAUGUAUUAUUAAUGUUCUUUUUGUUCCUCUACAAAACCGGAUUCUUAUCCGAAAGGGAAUCCAUGGAAAUGGGUUGAACUGUGGAACAAAGAACAUCAAGCAAGGUUGAUGUCAAAAUGAGUUUUGUGUAUAAUCAAAAGUUUCCUGAGAA